CAGAAAAUGGACGACACGUACGAGAGCUGGGGCCAACGCGCGGACGAGUUUGAGAAUGGCACCGUGUGCAUUGGCAUUGAUCUGGGCACAACCAACUCGUGCGUGGGCUAUUGGAAGGAGGGUGCAAAUCACGCCAAGAUCAUCAACCACACCGCCACGGACGGCAAGCACAAGACCGUUCCAUCCGUCGUAAGCUUUCCUUCUCAGGGCAAUCCAUUCGUUGGGUUUGAUGCCGUGGAGCAUGAGCAAAAGUACGAACCAGACACAGUGACCAUCCGAAGUGCCAAGCGGUUGAUGGGCAAGACGUUGGCCGAGAUGGCUGACGAACAGAAGUACCUGUCGUACACCCUUUGCGACGCCGACGGCCACGUGGCUAUUGAUCUUCCGUCGAAAGAGAGCAUCGCGACGCCCAGCGAAGUGUCGGCGAUUCUGUUGAAGUACAUCAAGGACACGGCCGAGGAUAAGCUGGGCCAUCAAGUGUUCAACUGCGUGUUGACCGUGCCAGCCUACUUUAACGAGUCGCAGCGCCAAUCCACUCUCAAAGCAGCCACCAUGGCAGGGUUCCAAGGCAUUCGGUUGCUGAACGAGCCCACGGCGGCGGCCAUGGCGUACGGCCUGUUCAUUGCAGGGAAAAAGCGCGUGGCGAUUUUCGAUUUCGGCGGCGGGACCUUGGACGUGUCCAUCUUAUCCAUUGACAGCGGCACAUUCGCCGUCGAUGGAGUGGGGGGCGAUACCCACUUGGGCGGCGAAGACAUCAACCACUUGCUGGUCGACUUCAUGCUGGACUCGAUAUCUCAAGAGCAGAAUGGCGGCAAACCGUUGCCGCUUCCGCUGACUCGGACCGCCAUCAUCCAACUCCAGCAAGCCGCAGAACAUGCCAAAGUUACGCUGUCCACACAAAAGGAUGUGUCUAUAUACCUCAAGGACGUUGGCGGCAUUAAAGCGCACAAGAUGAAGCUAUCGCGAGCAAAGCUCGAGAGUUUGUGUGCCCCGCUCUUGACAAGAUGUGUAGACAUUACACGCGACGUCUUGGCGAGCAUUGGUUUGACCCCCCAAGAUAUUGACGAAGUGGUGUUGGUCGGUGGGUCGACCCGCAUCCCGGCCCUUCGCACCAAAUUGUCGGAUUUGUUUGAUGGCAAAGUACUGUGUACGUCUGUGAAUGCGGACGAAGUUGUGGCGUCUGGUGCGGCAAUCCAAGCGGCCAUUUUGAGUGGCGUGGACAAGCGCGUGUUUCAGGAUGUGCUCAUGAUGGAUGUGAUUCCAUUGAGCAUUGGGAUCGAAAUGGCGGACGGGCGCAUGGAAGUGCUCAUUCCGAAAAACUCGCGAAUUCCAAUCUCCGUGACCAAGUCCUUUGACACGUACGAAGACCAUCAGAAAGGCAUCACGGUCGAAGUCUUUGAAGGCGACCACCCCGUGGCCCGCGACAAUGUGUAUUUAACGUACUUCAAUUUCACGCUGCCACGUCAUAAGCUGGGCAAAGCAGGCGAAUUCCAACAUGCGGUGACCCUCAGCAUGAACGAGAACGGCGUGCUUCAAGUCAAGGCCGGCGCGCAGCACGAAAUCGACGAAAACGAAGCCGCCGUGUCCAAAAAGUGGAUUGUCGUCCUCGGCGUGUAUAUGGCGUGUAUGGCGGCCAUGUAUGUGUUUGUGCGCGUACACUUUUCGACGGACCGACUCGCGUACACAGACCAGUACAGUGCCGUCAACAACGACGACUUGUAAUGAUAAUAGAACCGAUGGGGGCGGGAUAACAACACUCCAUAAGUCGUCUGUGUGCCAAC